UGAUGUAAAUAGCUGUCAGCUGAAUUAGCAGUGUCCACAAUUUUUGGCACCCUUGAUAGAGAUGGAUUCAAGACUUGUUUAACUUAAUUGCACAUGGAAAAAUAUGAAGGCGUUUUAACCAUUCAUCAAAGUAUAUUAUUCAAAAAUAAAUUUACUCAUUAAACAUAUUUUACAAAAUUAUGUUGGAGGGUUACUUGGGCCUCCACUUUCAUUUAUUACCUUGUGCAACAUAAUGGGAGAUUCUUCUCCUAUAAUACUUAAUGAGAUAAGAGAGUACAACACCCGCGGUAUGUAACCCUUGCAUCAACCGAGCACUAUGUAUAAUGGUAACUGUUAUUAAUUGUGGAACAUUCCAGUUUAUGCUGCUGAAUAAUCAAUUAAUAAAGCAAUUGCUUAAGAAAAAGGGUUUUGAGCAGUCAAAACUCUGCAGGCAUUCUAAUACUCCAGCAUAAUGAAUCAUAUGCUUAUUACCAUCUCAAUUUGGACUUGGAUCUCUGUUAUUUGCUCAAUAUGCCUGAAGGUGCAUUUGGUUUGGUCGUGAACUGGUGGUGAGCGAUCUCUACAGAUUGCCGGAGGUCGUGGCUGUGCGUGAACAAGGCGGCGGACGUAUGGUGUGUCUUCUACCCAGCAGCCUAGCCAGACAUAGUCCAUUAGGUUCCUCGCAGUCCCAUGAUGGCUCUUCCACCAGUGGCAGUCCUGUGCUGUUUGAGGAGCUUGAGUAUCAUGAACCUGUCUGCAAGCGUCAUUACACACAGCAAGAUUUCAGUGAGGCAGAUUAUGACCCUGACACGUACAAGAUUCCAUUUGUUGCGGUGUCUCUGAAAGCCUUUUCUGCUCACGUGCACAGUCUUCUGCAGUCACACGAGGGUACCAUCCCCUUGCUCAGCUUUCUAGAAUGUUAUGCAUCAGAGUUCAGCCCAUUAACAGUGGCUGAAGAAGGGAAGCUGGAGGGAAGCGUUCCCCUGGAACACCUCAUUACAUGUAUCCCAGGCAUCACCAUUGUAACCGCACAGAACGGCUUCAAGGUCAUCAAAUGGAUCCACAACAAACCCCCACCACCUAAUGCAGACCCAUGGCUACAGCGCUGUAAGAGCCCAGUAGGAAAUCCCCAGCUGAUCCAGUUCAGUCGAGAAAUCAUAGACCUGAUGAAAAACCAGCCGUGCUGCCUGAUGCCCAUCACUAAAUUCAUCCCUGCCUACCAUCAUCACUUUGCUAAACAGUGCAGAGUCUCUGAUUAUGGCUUCUCCAAACUGCUAGAGCUGCUGGAGGCUGUACCACACGUACUACAGAUUCUGGGCCUGGGCUCUAAGCGGUUGCUGACCCUCACACACAGGGCACAGGUGAAGCGUUUCACACAAGAUCUGCUCAAACUGCUCAAGUUUCAGGCAAGCAAGCAGAGCGGACCACAGAGGAGAUGGAACGCACCAGACAGUUUGGGAAGGAGGUGGUGGAUCUGUUGUGUCACCAACCGCACUUUCGCAUGCCUUUCAGCAAGUUCAUCCCCACUUAUCACCACCACUUUGGCCGCCAGUGCAAGCUCACCUAUUAUGGGUUCUCUAAGCUCAUGGAGCUGUUUGAAGCCAUUCCUAAUGUCCUUCAGGCGAGUGCCAUCUCUUAGCCAUCUCUUUGAUGGAUUGUUAUUCCAUGUCACUGCCCUGCCUUCGUUCAUGACUUUAAAGUGUUUCAUCCUGCACUCCCUUAGCAUGAUGAUGUUUGUAUAUUUCUUUUCUGUUGUCUUGUUUAGCGGGUUUCUUUGGGCCGAAGACUUAUCCUGCAUCUGUUUAUGCAGUCUGGGUUAUCCCAGGACAAAAAUAACUAGACUGAACACCUAACACGCUGCCGUUAGGCUCUGUAUUUGCAUAGAGAGAGCCACGUUUUGGGAGAAUCUCCCUGAAAAACCUCCCUGUUUUAGUUUAGCGGUCCUGUUGUUGGUUUAAUGCAGUCUAGUCCAGUUUACAGCUCAUGUUCCUGAUUUCCCGACUCGCCGUUGGGCUCAUUAAGCCCUAUGACCACAAUCUGCCAUUUUCAGAAGGGUGGUCUUUGUGGG